ACUUAAAUAAAAGUUUAUUAAAAAAAAAACAACAACAAACUUUAUUUAUUAUUAUUUUUUGGAGUAGUAUUUCAAUUUUUAUUAAAAUAUAAAAACAUAACCUCAAAUUAUUCUUGGCAAAUGAAUUUCGAUUUUCGAACUGAUGUGAAGUUGGUUACGAUUGAUCAUCGAUUGAUCGGUCAUGACAGUCAUCAAGGGGGGCAAGAGGGGGGUUGUCAAAUAAAUAAUAAAAAAAAUAAUAAUAAUCAAUCAGCUGUCUCAUUCUAACCACCGCACCAGAUAAAGAAAAAAUAUUAUCUCGAUUCACGUAAUAACCAACAAGACGAAUAAAUAAUAAUAACAAAUCGAAAAGUUGAGAAAAAAAUUUUUUCUUUUUCGAAAAAAAAAGAGAGAAAAAUAGAGUGAGCAAGGAGAGUUUGACUGAGUGUCCUCGUGACGUGAAAAAUUUCGGCGUGUAGCUCUAUAAUUUAUUUAUUUAUUUAUUUAUUAUUAAAAAAUUUAUAAUUAUUAAUAAUCCUGUUUAAAUACUGGAUUAAUGAAUGAUAAUAUUUAUGUAAAUUAAAUUGUGCAAUUGAUAAUGGUCUCGGUGAUGCAGCCGUUUAUGGAUGUUGAAAGCUCAAGAAGUUAUAUUGACGAGCUGUAUUCGCCAGACCCACAAAAGUGUCUUGAAGCAAUAAUAUGUUUAAAAAAUUCAGUAAUUGGUAGUAAUCGUCAAAAAGGAUCAGUUAUUGCACAAGGUGUUGUGCCACGUUUGUUACAAUUAUUAGGUGAUACAUCUGGAAUAAAUGUUGGUGAAAGAAUACGUCUUGAAUCAGUUGUAACACUUGGUUCAUUAGCUAAAGGUACUGAUCAACAUGUAUUGGCAUUAAUUGAUCUUGGUGUUGUACCACUUAUAUUACAAGUAUUAUUAUCAACAACAAAAACAUCAACAACAACAAAUAAUGAUAAUGAAAAAUUAAUAGAUAAUUUAAUUGAAGCAUGUUUAAGAUGUUUAAGAACAGUCUUCCAGCAUCAAAGUGCACCAAUACAAAUGAUAUAUGAAAAUUCUGAAUUAGUACCAUGUUUAUUAUCAUUAUCAAGUAAAUCAGUAACGUGUCAAAUUUGUAUGUCAACAAUAUUAACAACAGCAUGUAAAACACAAGAUGAACAAAGUACAUUAAUGAAAGGUGGUGCAAUUGAUGCAUUAUUAUGUCAACUUGAAUCACCAUUAACUGAAGUACAAUUACCAGCAUUAGCAUGUCUUGCAAAUAUGUGUUAUCAAAAUCGUAUUGUAUCAACAAUAGUAUCAAAUACAAAAAUAACAAAUAAUGAUGAUAAAACAUUACCAACAAUAUUAGGUAAAUUAAUUGGACGUGAUAAAAAUACACUUGUACAAUUAGAAGCAUCAAGAUGUAUAUCAUAUUUACAUCGUGCUGGUGCAUUAACAUCAACAGAUUCACGUGUUAUAUAUCGUGCAUUACCAUGUCUUGUUAGAUUAUGUCAUCGUGAUAGAACACCACGUGAACGUAUUGCUGCUGCUGAAACAUUAGCAUAUUUAACUGAAGUUGAUACUGAUUUACAACGUUUAGCAUCAAUUAGUAAUCAUUUAAUACCAACACUUGCUGAAUUAUUACGUCCACAUCCACAAGUACAAGAUACACAAAUAUCACAAGAUAUGAGACAAGCAGCAUUUCGUGCAUUUUCAUCACUUGGUGCAAAUGAUGAAGAUAUUAGAAAAAAAAUUAUUGAAACUGAAAAUUUAAUGGAUCUUGUUGUAUCAGGUUUACAAGAUCCUGGUGGACCACGUGUUAGAUUAGCAGCUGUACGUUGUUUACAUUCAUUAUCACGUAGUGUACAACAAUUACGUACAACAUUUCAAGAUCAUGCUGUAUGGCGUCCAUUAAUGCAAUUAUUACAUGGUGCUGAUAAAGGUUUUGGUAUUGCUGAUAAUGGACGUAUUAAUACUAAUAUUAAUAAUAUUAAUAAUAGUGCUAAUAGUAGUUGUAACAAUAAUAACAAUAAUAAUAAUAUUAAUAACAGUAAUAAUAAUACUAAUAAUACCACCAACAAUAACAACAACAGCAACAACAACAACAGUAAUAACAAUAUUAAUAAUAUUAAUAAUGAUGGUGGUGAAGAAGAUUUAUUAACAGUUGCAUCAAGUACAUUGUGUAAUUUAUUAUUAGAAUUUAGUCCAAGUAAAGAACCAAUACUUGAAUCUGGUGGUGUUGAAUUAUUAUGUUCAUUAACUAAAAGACCAGAUCCAGCAUUACGUUUAAAUGGUAUAUGGGCAUUAAUGAAUGUUGCAUUUCAAGCUGAACAACGUGUUAAAUCACAAAUAUUUACAUGUCUUGGUACUGAUCAAAUAUUUCGUUUACUUGCUGAUUCAGAAUUACCAGUUGUUAUGAAAACACUUGGUUUAUUAAGAAAUUUAUUAUCAACAAAAGCACAUAUUGAUCGUAUUAUGGAUGAACAUGCUGCACAAGUUAUGCAAGCUGUUAUACUUGUAUUAGAAGAUGAUCAUCCAGCGGAUGUUAAAGAGCAGGCACUCUGCAUCCUUGCUAAUGUUGCUGAUGGUGAUCGUGCACGUGAUCAUAUUAUGGCUAAUGAGGAUGUAUUAAAAAAACUUAUGGAUUACAUGAUGCAUACCAAUGUUAAAUUAAAUAUUGCUGCUAUUUUUUGUGUUUGUAAUUUGGUAUGGCGAGAAGAACCAGGUGCUGAACAACGUCAGGAACGUUUACGUGAACUUGGAUUUUAUAGAAUACUUCAACAUCUACGUUUUAAUAAAGAUUCACAGCUUUAUGACAAGGUGAGGACUGCAUUGGCACAAUUUUUUGAUCCCUGAAUAGUCACAGUUUAUAUGUAUAUCAUUACCUAGGUCUUUUUACUUUAAUGAUUAUUUUUUUUUUUUUUUCAUUUUUUAAUAUUUUAAUUAGUAUCUUUUUAAAUUCUGCGUCAAAAAUAAUAACACUGUGAUCGAUUUGUUGGCUUUUUUUUUUUUUUUGUUUUUUAAAUAUAUCAUGUCAUUGUGUCUUCAUUAUAACGUAAAGUAGAUCAAAAAUAAAUUAAUCAAUUUUAAAAAAAUAAUAAUAAAUUAUAUCGUCACUUG